CCAGCCCUGCUCUCCUCUUAGGACUCUGCACAUCUCCAGGAGAGGAACCAGAAAGUUGAUCAGUUCUGACAGUUCUCAAAACCAUGCCUCACUGGUUGGUAACUUUCAGGGAUGUGGCCAUCAACUUCUCUCAGGAGGAAUGGGAAUACCUUGACCCCAUUCAGCGGGAUUUGUACAGGGAGGUCAUGGUGGAGAACUACAGCCACCUGAUCUCACUGGACUUGGAAUACAGCUGUGAGACCAAAAGGUCAUGUCCAGAAAAGGGAACUUGUGAAAUGGAAUCACUGCAAUGGGAGAAUAUGAGGAAACCUAUCAGCCAUAACCUUGAGUGCAAUGAUCUUGGAGAAAAUACAGAGUGCAAAGGCAAGUUUGAGGAUCAACAGAGAAGUCAGGAAAGACCAUACAUGCACAUGAAAAUUACCUGUAAAGAAGAGGCCACUCAAAGCCAUUCCAUGUCCCCUAUUCUUCAUCAGAUAAAUCCUACCAAGGAAAAAUUGUACAACUGUAAGGAAUGUAAACAAGCUUUCAGCUACUUGUCAUGCCUUAUUCAACAUGAGAAAAGUCAUAAUAAAGAAAAACACUCUGACGUUAAGAAAUGUAGGAAGAUCUUCAGCAAAAAGCCAACCUAUAUUCAACAUCAGAGGAUUCAGAAUGGUGAGAAACCUUAUGAGUGUAUGGAAUGUGGAAAGGCCUUUGGUCGUAGUUCUGAUCUGAUUCAACAUCAGAAAAUUCAUACUAAUGAAAAACCUUAUCAAUGUAAAGCAUGUGGGAAGGCCUUUAUUCGUGGUUCACAACUCACUGAACAUCAGAGAGUUCAUACAGGAGAGAAACCAUAUGAAUGUAAGAAAUGUGGAAAAGCCUUUAGUUAUUGUUCACAAUAUACGCUCCAUCAGAGAAUUCACAGUGGUGAAAAACCUUAUGAAUGUAAGGAAUGUGGGAAGGCCUUUAUUCUUGGCUCUCAGCUUACUUACCAUCAAAGAAUUCAUAGUGGUGAGAAACCCUAUGAGUGUAAGGAAUGUGGAAAGGCUUUUAUUCUUGGUUCACACCUUACUUAUCAUCAAAGAGUUCAUACUGGUGAAAAGCCUUACAGAUGUAAAGAAUGUGGGAAGGCCUUUUUAUGUGCCUCUCAACUUAAUGAACAUCAGAGAAUUCACACAGGUGAGAAACCCUAUGAAUGUAAAGAAUGUGGAAAGGCCUUUUCUCGUGGCUCACAACUUACUUAUCAUCUGAGAGUUCAUACAGGUGAGAGACCCUAUAAAUGCAAAGAAUGUGGGAAAGACUUUAUUUCUAAUUCUAAUCUUACUCAACAUCAGAGAAUUCAUACAGGUGAGAAACCUUACAAAUGUAAGGAAUGUGGAAAGGCCUUUAUUUGUGGCAAACAACUUAGUGAACAUCAGAGAAUUCAUACAGGUGAGAAACCCUUUGAAUGUAAGGAAUGUGGAAAGACCUUUAUUCGUGGUGCAUAUCUUACUCAACAUGAGAAAAUUCAUGGUGAGAAGCAUUAUGAAUGUAAGGAAUGUGGGAAGACCUUUUUUCGUACCACACAACUUACAUAUCAUCAGAGAAUUCAUACAGGUGAAAAACCCUACAAAUGUAAGGAAUGUGACAAAGCUUUUAUUUAUGGCUCACAACUUAGUGAACACCAGAGAAUUCAUAGAGGUGAAAAACCCUAUGAAUGUAAGCAAUGUGGGAAGGCCUUUAUUCGUGGCUCACACCUUACUGAACAUCUAAGAACUCAUAAUGGUGAGAAACCCUAUGAAUGUAAGGAAUGUGGGAAGGCCUUCAGUCGUGGCUCAGAACUUACUCUACAUCAAAGGAUCCAUACUUGUGAGCAACCCUAUGCAUGUAUACAGUGUGGUAAAGACUUUAAACGUCAUUCACAACUUAUUCAACAUAUGAGGCUUCAUAACUGAGAAAGCUUUAUAUAUGAGUUAAUAUAAGAAA